AGGAGGCUGGGCGGACUGUGCUGUCAGAGGUCACGGUCAGCCAUUUUCUGUGAGGGUGGUUGGUGUCUCCCAGCGGCCAUGUUGUGUGGCGGCCUGCACCUCCCCCGGUCAGGGUGUAGAUGGCAGUGUGGGGCCGCCGCUGUCACAGCGCGGGGACUAUAAGACAUGCUGCUGUUACGGAGCUAUGGCGCGCUCACACUCUGCCAGGCUGUCCUGACACGCUGCCCCGGAAGGCCUACCGCUGCUUCCCGCCGCUGGCUGAGCAUGGAGCGCUACAGCACCCAGGAGAGGGGGCGACCCAACACCGCCGAGUACCGGCUCUACUUCAAGAAUGGUGAUGGUCAAUUUAUCUCACCCUUUCAUGACAUCCCUCUGUACCCAGAAACCGAUAAGGACGUUGAUGUGCCUGCGAAGAAAUCAAAGCCUAAUUGGAAUAAGAAUGUAUUUAACAUGGUGGUGGAGGUUCCUCGUUGGACAAAUGCUAAAAUGGAGAUUGCAACUAAGGAACCUUUAAAUCCCAUCAAACAAGAUGUUAAGAAAGGAAAACUAAGAUAUGUAGCAAAUAUCUUCCCACAUAAAGGAUAUAUAUGGAAUUAUGGUGCACUUCCCCAGACCUGGGAAGAUCCUAAGCACAAAGAUGAAAGUACAAAGUGUUGUGGAGAUAACGAUCCAAUCGAUGUCUGUGAAAUUGGCUCAAAGGUUUGCUCAAGAGGAGAAGUUAUUAUUGUGAAACCCCUUGGAGUUUUGGGCUUAAUAGAUGAAGGAGAGAUGGACUGGAAAAUCAUUGCAAUUAAUAUUGAUGACCCAGAAGCAGAUAAAUUCAAUGACAUUGAAGAUGUGAGAAAACACAAACCUGGCUAUCUUGAGGCUACUGUUGACUGGCUCAAGUCAUAUAAAGUCCCUGAUGGGAAGCCGGAAAAUCAGUUUGGCUUUAAUAGCGAGUUUAAAAACAAGGAUUUUGCUAUUGAAGUUAUAAAGAAAACGCACAGUUACUGGAUAGAUCUAGUUAAUAAGUCAGACAAGACCGAUAUAGACUGUAAAAGUGUAACCGUUAUUGACAGUCCCUUUUGCUGUAGUAAAGAGGAAGCAGAGUCGAUUGUCAAGUCUGCACCAUCAACUGGAAAUCAAAGUCCAAUUCCCUCAGAAGUUGAUGUGUGGCACUUCCUUAAAUCAUGAACCAUUGAUGUAGUAAUCUUGUCUACAAGAUGCCAUUCAUUUAUUUUAGUUUAAAUCUAUAUAUUUUUUUUUUUCGUUUCAUUUGACAUUGUGUAAAUAAACACUUUCAUUAUGACCUUGUUUUAAAUGGCACAAUUAAAUGCUUGUACCAA